GGAAGGUUCAUAAAAUUAUAAAAUUACAAAUGGCUUCCGUUUCCAAGUUUCGGCUGCCGUAACUUACUCUUGGCAUGGUUUUUUGAAUCGAGACCAAUUAGUUGAGACGAACGUGUUCGAUCGAAUUGUUAGAUAUUGAAUUUGUCCUAUAAUCAUGGGCAUACAAGACCUACAAACAUUUUUAGAAAAUGAAGGUGUAGGUGUCGACUUAUUUAGAAUCGCUAGAAAUCAUGCUGGUGGUUUUCGAUUAGUUCUUGACGCGGAAGGAUGCCUAGAUCGUCUUUACGGAGGGUACUUUUCAGAUUGGGCUUGUGGGGGUCAGUGGGCACGAUGCGUGCAGUUUUUGACAACAUUGUCACAAGCUCUUGCUGAACAUCAGGUGGCUCUGUGUGUGUGUUUCAAUGGAUCACAUCCCACUCCACCAGCAGUACCACAGCAAUGGAUCCAAACACAGAGCACAUAUAGGCAGAGGGUUAACUCUGUAUUGCGGCAUAUAGUCACAAAGGGAACACCUCCUCCUAAAGUUUGGUGGGUUCCCCCAACUGGGCUGCACUCCUGCCUCAGGACUGCUCUGCGGUAUCUUAAUAUACCUGUUAUGGUGUCUUCAGAUGACCAUUGCCAAGAGGUUGUUGGUCUAUGCAGGGAGAAAACCUAUGCUGGUCUUGUAGGUUGUUCUGGUGAAUAUUUAGUUUUUCAACCACCAAGAUAUUUUAGUUCAUCGCAGCUGAAGCUUACAUAUAGGUCAUCCUUGGAAACGAAAGAGUACAUGGUGCAUGAGUUGCCAAAGGUUUUAGAUGUACCACAAGAUAGAUUAUGUCUUAUGGCAGCUUUACUUGGAGGCACCAUUUUAUCCGAGCAGAGUCUUCAAGAUUUUUAUAAACGCCUAGGUAUCUCCCAAAAGAAGCAACAAGUUCCACCGGAAACACUUAUCAAAGCCAUUUGUCAAUUUGUUCGGGAACUACCUUCAGCUGAUGUAGACGCUGCCUGCAUUGAAAUAUUUGGUGAUCUUAACGAUCUCCGUGCUGCUAAAUUGAAACAGGCCGUUCAAUAUUAUCUCAAUGGAACUAAAGAUGGUUUCUUAAAAUAUAGAACUGCUUCUGGUCGUCGCCCUAAAACUAACAAAAAGAAUAACAAGCCUGAGAUGAGCCCUCCAUCGACAUCUGGUGACAUGGACACCACCCGUCUGGCCACCGAGACAUCGGAACACGAGCAAAAAGGCUUGGAAGAUUACAAACUGGCAACUGCGAAUGCUUCAAUAAAUGCCGACUUUAGUAUGGAGGAGAGCAAUGAUUUGAGUCAUGGUAUCGGUACAAUGACACUUGAUGGUGAAGGAAUAUCCAAGCAACAGGCCGCUAAACCUGGCGACAGAAAUGAUCAGGCUUCGUCCAAGGAGAUGGCACAUUGCGGGGGUAAGAUAGUCCAGAGUGAUGACAACUGUCCCCCCGCACCGGCUGAGGUUCUACGGACAUGUGCGGAGCGUCACACGCGGGGUCUGAUGCACCCACAGAUGCUGUCCAUACUGACACACCGACAGAUCACACUGCCCGUGCUCAUGGAGGACGACAACCACCGCGAGAUACCAUCCAUACAUCACUUCUUCAGACCUGUCCGCCAGAAUGUGUAUGCAAUCCUAUAUAAUAUGCAUCAUCAUCGCUUCAUGGCGCAGAAAGCUAAAGAGGAGGGAUCGACGAGCGCUUCGAGCAACGAGAAGCCGUGCCAAGUGCAGGUGUCGGAGUGGAUCUACUCGCGUGUGAACCCCGGCAAGGCGGCCGAGCUGGUGCCCGGAGUCAUCCUCGACUGGCCUGUGCCCACCGUGCAAAGGCUCUGGUUCGGAACCGCUCAAGAUGACAAAUGUCGCCGCAUGCGCGCGUUCCUGUCCUGCAUGAGAUCUGACACUCCGCUCAUGUUAAACACAUCCUAUGUGCCACAACAUUUACUGAUAUUAGCUACUGUUUUAAGGUUCAUCAUGACCUCCCAGAUUCAAAUUCUGCGGCGUCAGGAACUGGAUGCAUUCUUGGCAACAGCUUUUUCAAAUGAUCUCAUGAACGCUCUACAUUUGCAAGAAAUGACUGUGAACGGUAUAAGUUCCCGCGGGGUGCAGCUGAGCGCGCUGGUGAUGGCGGGCGCGGAGGCUGCGCUGCUUGCCAACGACGCGUGCGGUGCGCCAGUACCCUGGCUCGUCGCCGCACCCUGGCUAUACUUCGACGGCAAGCUGCUGCAGCGCAAUCUGCACCGCGCCGCGCACUGCAAGCACCUCGCGCAGCUCUGCGACAACCAUCUCGACACCGUCGUUAAGGUGGAGAGAAUGCGUAAAGCGAUAUUGGAAGGUCUGGAGGUGGAGUUUGCACUGCCGCCGCUGCCGCUGGUGGCGGGCGUGGUGGGCGGCGCGCUGGGCGGCUCGCUGGGCGGUCAGCUGGGCGGGUGGGGACGCGGGCGCGGCCGCGGCGCCGGCGCACGUCUCGAGAUCGCCGGCGUCGUCGUCGGACAGUGGGGCGGUGGCAGCUACCCCUCGCGCACGCAGAGAUACCCACAGCAGGUGAGCUACGUGGGGUACACACCGCCGCCUCGCAACGCAUACGGUGGUCGCGGGUGGCGCGGAGCACGCGGCGGGCGAGGCGGGCGGGGGAGCCGCGGGGCGCGCGGCGCGGGGCGGGGCGCUCGCCGCACUCGCCGCGAACACGACGAGCCCCUGCGCCCCGCCACCAUCACUGUUAACGGAAAAACGGUGCGACCUGAAGACAUCGGCACCCAUGGAGACGACGGCAGCCCGCACGAGGACAACGUCAUUCCAGAUGAAGCAGAAGGAUCUCAAGCUCAGAAAGCAAAAUCUGGUAAAAAUAUUAAAAAGAAUGUAGGAAAAGGGAAAAAGAAGGGCACCGGCCAGAAGACUGAUGUAGCUCAAUCUCUCGAGGCCAAUGGACCACUUGACAAGAACAAGGCGGUGGAUGUUUGCCAUAACGCGGAGAAGGAGCAUAUUGGGCAGGGCGACGCGCCCGAACCUAACUAAAACAUUACCCUAACCCAAAGGUAACUUUAUCUUGUUUUUGUUAUUAUUUUUCUCUUCUCACUUUAUUUUUUUGUUUUUAGUUACUUUAAACAGCUGGUCGUUCGCUUUUAUUUUGUUGAAAAUGGUAAAACAUUUACAUGCAUCUACGUUUUUGAUGCUAAUGGUUAUAUAUUUUUUUCUUUAUAUUAUAUAAAAAAGACAUUUUAACUGACAAACGUUGUAACAUUUACUAGCUGUUAACGUUAAUAUAAAAAGCGUGUCAUACAACGCUAAGAUAACAUCGACGUAAGUUUAUAUUAGCACGUAAAGUAUAAAGUUGCAUAAUAAAUAAAAUUGUAAACAGAAAGUCAACAUAAUCUGUAAGUUGUAAGAUUUUGUUGUCAUCUGUAAAGUGACAUACACGUGCCUCAACAUCUAAAAAGACUUCCCGACAUUGAGACUGAUUUUAUAUUAAUUGAAUUGUCACAUCAAGUGUUCAAUUAAAUAUAAUAUUGAAGAUAAGUGACAUUGGAGCUGCAUUAUUAUGCCUCAACCUAUUACGACAAACAUCAUUGAACACUGUUUGCUCAGUGCAAGUUUUCCAAUAUUAAUAUGGGAUGAAAUUCCCGGCAAAUCACAGUGUUCAAAGACAAAACUCUACCAUUUGAGGGUAGUACCAUUUUUAUCUUUUAUAAGGAUAGGACCUCAACAUCCAUUACUUGACAAGUGAUAAUUAGAAAUUAUAUAUUUAAUGAAAUAACACGUUAAGUCACGUUUAAUUGAAAAGUGAGAUGACUUAGUAAAUAAUAUGUUUAGUUUAGCAUAUGAAGUACUGAGUCGGCAUUAUUUAUUUACACAUAGUAUAUUUACAAUUUACCAAAUGCAUUGUUUUAUUCUAAGUUUGGUUUGGUCAAUGAAAUCUUUUUGUAUGAUCUCUGUGCUGGCAUGGGGUCCGAGUGGGGGGAGCCUGAGACAAGCGAGUGGUUCCUUUUGCCCUCGAGGAUAUUAUGUUGAUCUCGAUUUGAUUGAUUAAACCAAUCCUGUUCAGACUUGUUUUUAGGAAUUCUUGAUGUAUGUUUAGGCUUUAUUGAAAGAGGACGAAGGUCUCGAAAUUUGUUCUGUUUGUUGUCUGUACCCAUUACCACACAAAGCUGAAGGGAAGUGAUUUAGCUUAGCUAAAUUGUUUGUUAUCUGAGAUGUUAUGUAGUUGUAAUGUGCAGGCUCCGCUUUGUGUGGUAAUACUCGGUUCACUGAGAUGUUUUUCACGAUAUAUACCUGGCUAAAGCAUAUUUUUGAAGUAUUUUAGUAGGUAUAUGUUUGGAACGGAGUGUUAUACCUUGUAAGUACGGUAGGAAGGCUGAAAUUUUUGUAUAGAAAUUGCAUUUAUUGAAUGUCGGUUGGUGCUUUUGAAAAUUAGUCUGGGACUGCCCUGAAACGAGUCUGAAACUCAUAGAUUUAAGUCUAACGAUAGACCUUUAAUGAAACUGAAGGAACAUUCACAUAUUGUCAUCUCCACAUCCUAUAGGGUAUUAUUUCGAUAGUAAACUUAGAUUUGUUAGUGAUAUAUUUAUACGCAUUUUGGGAGACCCAGUAUUGUGAAUGUUCUUCACUUUUUAUGUAUUUUUGUAUAUUUGUUAUAUUGUUAUACUUAAAUUUAGCUGGAAUGACUAACAUGAAUAUUGUGAGACGCAAGUCUCGGUCUGAUACUCGAUGGAUGGUAAAGCUGUUGACACGAUCAGCACACAAUACAGUUACAUUCCAUUUCGAAUACACGUUCUGCAAACGUUCUGUAAUGAGAAACUAUGCCCUCGGCACCUGCGAACCAUGGAACUAUGAAGACUUUACAAUUUGAACGCUUAAACCCUGGCUGGUACAUAGACUAAAUAUGUUGCCACAAUAACAUACUUGUUAAUAACAUAUUUGUUGCCACAAUAUAAGAUUUUGAUAAUUGAAACACGAUUACAACUUAUCAAGCAAACAUACAUUACGACCAUUGUCGUUACAAGCACGGACCAUAAUACAGUAUGUUUGUACUUUUCUAUACAUAUUCUUACAUUAAUUAAUCCCUAAUACUAACAUUCAAGUGUCCUCAUAAUUGUCUUUUUAAAAAUAUAACACUUAUAUAAAAGGGGGACUGUGGUACUUGGAAGUUAAUGUUAUCUAAUUAAAGUAAAUGUAUAUGAUCCGUGUUUGAAGAUGA